AGGAACUUGGCAGUGAUUCUGUUGAGGAGCUGAACACAACGGAAACAAAGGCUUCAUUAUGUUGCCACGAAUUGAUCACAACACAGAAAACCUGUCUAAGACUCGGAACCAAUGCAAAGACCCCUUGGAAAAGAGAGUAAAGACACAUACUAAUUAACUAUUUUAGUUAAGGUUUUAAAAGUAGUUAUUGACAGAAUAGAGUGAACAUUAUAUGAAUAUAAAAUGUAAAAAGUUAUAUUAUAUAGAAAUAAAAGAGAAGAGAAUGGGGAGGGAAGUAGAAAAACUAGUCCCAAAGUAAGACUCAAUAUGGAGUUCACUUUUCAAUAUUUACGUGGUUAAUUAAACCCAAGUGUUUACAGUGAUUCUACCAAUUUAUUUACACAAUUCUAAAUAGUACUUUAUUUAUAAGUGUGGUAGUAGAUUAGCAUAAUUGUAAGGACCCUCCUUGGGGUCUCUGUUUUACUAUUGUAGAAUUUACAAACUAUGAAGACCCAUAAAUCAAGAAAAAUAAAGCAGUUCUUCUAUAAAUAAUAGGAAAAUGGAUCCUACAAAGCUAAUAAAGAUUGUAAAAAAAUAUAUUUUACAAAAAUUCCAUUGUAAAAUAUUAAAAACUAUACAAAUCAAACAGAUAGUUGGAUAAUUGAGGGGAUUUAUACCGAUAACACUUAUGUAUACAAAUUUAACUCAUGUGCAUUUUCCAUCUCUAAAUUAUUUUACAGCCCUCUAAAAUUUGAAUCACUGUUCUAGCCUGUCUUACCCAGUACAUAGGGCCUACUGUGAGCAUGCUCCCUCUCUUAUAGGGUAAAUGAAUGAAUGUCAUCUCUUCACAAAUGUAAUGUGCUGCAGAAUUGUACUAUUCACCAUACUAAUAUUUAAAACGAACACUUCAAACACCAUAACCACUACAGGGCUCUUUUCAACCUACCUCCAGCUGCUGCAUGUUCUCACAAAGCUUUCAGCGCAAUCACAGCUUUAAGAAAGUUAGGCUGAGCAACAGUUGGCUAGAUAACAGUAAACAGUACAUUUUUGAUUACUCGUUUUAGAUAACAGUAAAGUCUGACCCAACAUGGCUCCUCAGCCAGAUAAAAAAGUAACAUUUUCUAAAAAAAUGUAUAAUAAUAUUUAAUCUAUAUACAUCAUUAAAAAAAUAAUAAUGCAUUUCAUUAAAUGUGAUAAAAAAGAAGUAGAAAUCUGUCCUUUAUUUUGCUUUUCUAGACAGCAUGGAGUAUGGCAUACAACGCUGUCCUACCUGUUUUGUACAUAAACCAUUUGUAAAGUUUGGUCCUUUGAUUGCCGUAUCAAUAGAGAACAACAUGAACAUAAAAUUUGACAUGCUGACACACAUAUACUGGAAUAAUGUUUUAAAUGUUUAGAUUUCCAUAAAAUGUCUUGUAAUGUUGACAUUAUUUAAUUUCUAUAGAUAGUAAAUCCUGCUAAGAGGCCUUACCGUCUACCACCUCUAUCCUCCACUUCAAGCCAACUAAAUGACCAUCCUUUAGAAUGUAGCUUCAGGUAAACAUUUUAUCAUCUUUUUUUUAUUGUUCCAAAUAUUGUAGAUUUGUUACACACAUUAUUCAGGUGAGCGUGAGGUAAAAGAAUAGUGACCUGUGGGAGCAAGGUGAUGAUACAGGGGUGGGGGGGAGGGGAUUUAGUGGAGGUGAUAGCACUGCAUUGAGGCAGAGAUGUAUACACAGUGAUAGGGAGAGGAGAAAAAGACAAGUUUUGUUUGUUAUACAUUUUAUUAAAUAAAGCCAUAAACCGAUAUGUUUUGAGUUUACCUUAUUAUACACUAGGGACCUCACUUGCACUCAUACAAAAUGCUAGCAUCUUUCUGAGGUAAAAGCCAGCAUUAGCAGGUUUGAGGUAAAUGUUUUAUUGUGUUGUUCACUUUCUACAUUUUAGAUUUAUUUCUAGCACAGUUCGUUCUACAAUGUUCACAUUUAUUGUUUGAUGUUGCUAAGCAGCGCAAGUCCCUGGUUGACCGUUUUUAAAACAUUUUAAAAAUUUUCAACUAAUAAGAGGACAUAGAUACAAAUUUGCCAGCAUUACCAGCAUUAGCAAUGUGUGAGAUAUUCAGUUCAAAUGAUAACUAUUGUAAUCUAAUUGCAGUUGAUCCAUUACCAAGGCAAAUUAUGUAUAUUCAAUAUUAUGUCAAAUCUGAUUACUUUCUUUUCUAAGAUCUCAGAAACAAACCACAGAACAUUUUUUAGGAUGCUGAAUGUCUUUGUGUUCAUAAUGUUACUGUAAAAAAACAUGUAGUGCUUCUCUACAGAUUAGCAACACAGGAAACGAAUAGUGAAUUUCCAAAUCAUUUCAGUGAGAAGAGAGAGAAAAAUGGAUUGCCAGCACUGUACAAUAAACAACCAUAUAUGGGAUUACCCAGUAUUGAUGGCAAAGAUACUGGUGAGCAUAUUCUGAUUAUAAAUCAUUUGGACUUGGGAAGAUAGGCACAUGGAGCUUGACUCUGUCAGGGUUAUUCACUUAAGUACAAAUUCAAAAUAGAUUUUUAAAUUUAAGGACAAAAUAGCCAAACUAUAGCCAAGCUAUGCUUUCAGUUUGGCUACUGUGGCUAUAAAUGUGAAAUUCACUUUGAAUUUUCACUUCAGUAAAUAACUCCGUUUGUAUUAGAGUUGAUUGGGAAAAACAAUAUCUUUAUAUUUAUUUCAUUACAACUUAAUAAAUAAAUAUUGCAAAUGAAAAAUUACGACUCUUGAACUGUUCCUCUGUAUUUCAGAGUUAAUGAGUGCAGGCUCCAGUGGGUAUAACUUGUCAGGUGUUGCCAAGCAACCUCUACUCUUACCAGAUGCAAUGAAAUCCAGAUCUUCAACUGCUAUUACAAAAAAAGAUGAUUUUCAACAUGAGCAACAUGAUCUAGAGCAAAUAUUUGAAAAUGUGCCAAUGUAA